AUGGAUCCCUUGGAUUUCUUCCUCGCCAUGCUGUCCACCAUAUGGCGUCGGAGCCAGUGGCUGUUCCCUGCACUCUGUCAGGCAUUGACGUUGAGUGCUCGGCAGGCUCAGCUUCUUUUGGAGAAACUGCACAUUGCAGAGGCCGCUCUGGAGGAGGAACGGCAGCUGAGUGGCCAAGAACGAGAGGUGCUGUCUGAACGGCUGCGCUUCGCUCAAUCGGAAGACGAGGCUGCGCGUGAACGGCUGGGGCGCGCCUUGUCCUCCCUGCGCUCGCGCGCACGGGACGGAGCGCAGGAGGUCGCUGAGCAACAGCUCCGCUCCGAGGAACAGAUGCUUCGUCUCCAAGAGGAGUGCCGAGAACUGAAG